AUGGAGAGAGUAUGCGAUCCAUGCUGGACAUGUCGCAACCGCCGCAUCCAAUGCGACCAGUCCGGAACGCCAUGCGCCAAGUGCGAGAAGGCUGGCAUGGAAUGCUUCGACAAAAGACCUAUUAGGUGGGUUAAAGGAGUGGCGAUUCGCGGCAAGAUGCAAGGCCGUACGCACGAGGGUAUAUCGAAUGGCUCUCCUGUGCACAACUCUAGAAUUACCAAGUCCGCACCAUCAACACCCAAGAAAUCGCAUCGCGCGCUGGUCCAAGCUUCUGCUGGCAAUAAUGAACGUAUCUGCAAAUUGUUCAUUGUAUACGACAGCGACAGAAAUCCAUUCCGGAGUUUGAUUUCCUUUGGAUUGAAAGAUCCCGUCCUACAGAAAGGUAUCCUUGCUCUGGCGGCACGCCACCGUGCAAAUACAGGCCAGUCGUUCCAUCAGCUUCAAGCUCCGACAUCCGAUGGUCUCGUUAAUGCCAAUCGUGAUGCGCUACUUUUCAAGCACCAAGCUAUGGAGGCUCUCUCCCGGGUACUUGGCGACGAAACAAUAGUGAAAAGUGACACCACCGUUGCUAGCAUAUUCCUUCUGAUUUUCCUGGACCUACUCGAGUUUGGAAGUGAUGGUUGGAAUUUCCACCUUGAGGGUGCUAAGGGGUUGAUUGCAUUACACCGGCCGCUGCUGGAGGCACAGGCUGGAGUUAAUAAUGGACCUGGCCAGACGGUACAGGAGAUUUGGGGGUUCAUCUCCAAUCAGAUUCAUCUAAUUGAAACGCUGGGAGCAACAUUUUUACGACCAAAAGUACUAUCAGAAUUUAUGUUUAACGGCCAGGCAUCAACGCAACCCCAAGAAGAAAUUGAACAAUCUUUCCUUGGAUGUCCGGAGUUCCUGUUGUCAGCGAUACAAUUUCUCUCCAACGAGAGGGACGCCAUCGCAGGAAAGCUACCAGACGGUGCUGCUCUCCAAACACAUAUACAAGAUACCACCGCAAUGCUGGAACUCAUACAAAAGUUUGACUGUUACGCCUGGACUCUGAGUCUCCAACGUUCAAAGCAGCCUUCCACAGACGAAAUCAGUAAUCUCUGCAAAUUAUCACAGACAUUCAAAACCGGGGCAUUGAUAUAUGGGAGACGCGUUCUUGAUGCACUCACGGAAACCAUCACAGAGCAGGAUGAUUUGGUCUCCGAGCUGUUGGGUUUGAUUGCUAGUUUGAAAGACGAUGAUGCACUUUUCAAAUGUGUUCUGUGGGCUAUCUUUGUGGCGGGCUUGGAGUGUCGUUCUCAGGCCCAGAAAGACUUUUUGGUCGAAUCUUUGGAGAAGUUCUGGACUGAUACGAGCUGUUCGAAUGUCAUGACUGCAGCAAAGAUUCUGAAAGAUUACUGGGACCAGGAAGACGGCUUGGAGACUUCGUCGCGGUGGAUUUUUGAUAUUGGCCGCUUAGGUCGUGACUGUCUUCUGAUUUAA